UCAUUACGACAUUACUCGUCCUCACUAACAAGCUAACUCUACUAACAAAAUGGUCAAGAAGAUCACUGUCUACACGGCUUUUGGACAAUUUCUCAAGAUGGUCGAACUGCAAAUGGAGCAGGAAAUGGAGAAAAUGAAUGAGAUUGAGACUGAUAAACUUCCGAUUGAUCAUCAAUUGAGUGACUAUCAGAAUAACAUCGAAUCGGGAAAUGAUCGUCAAGUUCAAUCAUGCCCAGUUGAUGUGUCUAUUCCAAAAGAAGUCAUGAAGUGUGCAAGCUGUCCUUUGCUAUGCUUCAAUUGCUCAGUUCAAAUGCCUGUCUCACCCGUUCCAACAACAAUCGAAUCCCGUAAGAUCAACGAGACUACUCAAUUGAUGAUGGAAUUUUGGAAGAUUGUUGCUUCAAAGUCUGAAGAGGAAAAGCUCCCAUCACUAUUCGAAAAUGUUGAGGGACUGUUUUCUGUCCCAUUUUCAACUUUUGGAACGUGGGAUGAUGACACCCUGUCUGGUGUCACAUCGCUUAAUUUUGAAAAGUCUGAUGAACAACUCUCCGAGCAAGAUGAUGACAAAACCACUGUUUGGAGUUCUAAUUUCCCAUCGGCUCAUGUUUUAACAGUCUAUGAGAAUUCUGAACAGAAGACGGAUGAAAUGGCCGAUGAUGAAAUGUCGGACACAACUUCAUCUUUUCUUUCUACUCUUUCCACAACAAUGAGUGCUCAAGUGCCGGCGCUUCAUCUUCUUCAGAGAGUUCAAUUGCAAAGAUCAGUUAUCAAGAAGCAGAAAAAGAUUAUUGACAGUUUCAGUGAACUUCAGAAUCUUAACAAGAAGCUGGCUGAUCUUCGCAAAAAGCACAGAGAUUGAUCUUAUCAAAUAAAUAAAUACUUUGUAUAUUCU